AUGAGUCGAUUCAAUCUGCGGCAGAAGCCGCGAAUUAGUUAUUAUGAACCCGAUGAGCCGAGUUUGGAUGAAUACGUGUUUUGUGACGAAUGCGGCGACUAUGUGUACGAAUACUGCUCCAUACACGGCCCACUGCUGGUCGUGCCUGAUGAUAAGCCUCCAGCGGUGUCCCCGUACCCCGCAUGCGUCCCCCGCGCCGCCCUCACCAUCCCACAUGUAUUCCUGCACAUCGCGCGUUCCAACAUACCGCACGCUGGUUUGGGCGUGUUCACGUCGCUAACGCUACCGCGCGGCGUACGCUUCGGUCCCUACCGCGGACAACGCGUUGCCGACGCAGAUUCGAACUACUGCUGGCAGAUAAACGACCGUAACAACCGCCGGUCCCACCUGGUGGACGCAGCAGACCCGAACCGCUCCAACUGGAUGCGGUAUGUCAACUGCUCGCGACACUGGCUAGAGCAGAAUCUCGUCGCAUUCCAGUACCAGGGACAGCUCUACUACAGAACAAUAAAAAUAAUCCCUCGCUUCACCGAGCUGCUGGUGUUCUACGGCAGCGAGUUCGCCCACAUGCUCCACAUCGACCUCAAACUGUACUCCUCGCCGCGCGGAUACGCGCAGAAACUUGGCGCACCUUUAGCGAAAAAGGCUAAAUUGGAUUCUGAAAAUGAAAUUUUAGAAGAAAAAGGACAAAAGAAAAGUGAGAUUGAAGAGAAGAAAGAAGAGAAUUCAACCAGGAAACCUAAUUUUUGGUGCAAUGUAUGCAAUGAAAGAUUUAAUGAGAGAAGUAAUUUAAAAACACAUAUGAGAAUACACACGGGUGAAAAACCUUAUGUAUGCAAUGUAUGUAAUGAUAGAUUUAAUUGGUCAAGUGUUUUAAAAACACAUAUGAGAAUACACACGGGUGAAAAGCCUUAUGUAUGCAAUGUAUGUAAUGAUAGAUUUAAUCAGUCAAGUCAUUUAAAAACACAUAUGAGAAUACACACGGGUGAAAAGCCUUAUGUAUGCAAUGUGUGUAAUGAAAGAUUUAAUCUGUUAGGUAAUUUAAAAAGACAUAUGAGAAUACACACGGGUGAAAAGCCUUAUGUAUGCAAUGUGUGUAAUGUAAAAUUUAAUCAGCUAGGUAGUUUAAAAAGACAUAUGAGAAUACACACGGGUGAAAAGCCUUAUGUAUGUAAUGUGUGUAAUGAAAGAUUUAAUGAGUCAGGUAAUUUAAAAACACAUAUGAGAAUACACACGGGUGAAAAGCCUUAUGUAUGCAAUGUGUGUAAUGAAAGAUUUAUUCGGUCAGAUACUUUAAAAGGCCAUAUGGCGGUACACACAGGAGAAUAA